AUUUUAGUGUGCUUAAUAAGUGGAGAUAAUGACAUAAAUAAAACGAGAAUAUCACUCUACGCUCAUUACUUAAGAAAUAUAUUUCCUACAAGUGAUACUAAUAUAUUGGAGUUAGCGUCUAAAACUAUAGGUCGUAUAACAGUAACACUUGGAAUAAAGAGAGGUGAAUAUGUUAAGAAUGAAAUCAAACGAUCAUUUGAGUGGUUAGCAGGGGAACGAAGUGAGGCUAAGAGGCUAUCUGCUUGUUAUAUUCUAAAGGAAUUGGCGAUAGCUAUGCCUUCAUAUUUUUUCCUACACAUAAAUGGUUUCUUUAAUCAUAUUGUAAUUGCACUGAAAGAUCCGAAGGAGCAAAUAAGAAAAGUUGCAGCUAAGGCUUUACGAGCCGCUUUUGUUUUAACAUCUCAAAGAGAAGUACCUGGGCAGCAGAAAAGAGAUCAUUGGUAUUUACAGUGUUACGAAGAAGCAAUGUCAGCAUUCUGUGAUCAUAAUGCUAGAGACAGAGGCUUAAGUAGAGAUGACAAAGUUCAUGGAGCCCUCCUGAUACUAAAUGAGCUAUUAAGAUGUGCCAACUCUUCUUGGGAAAAGGAGUACACAUCACUGAUGCAGAAACUAGAUGCCGGUCAAGAUGCUUCAGAUGAAAUGUCUUCAUUUAACUCUAAGUUACAAAGUAAAUGGCCAUAUCAAAACUACUCGGAAGAUAAAACUCAGACUGUUGUAAUUCAAGAAUCAAGUAUAUGCAGGCAACUUAUUAUGGAUAAAUAUGAUAAAAUUGCUAAUGGUAAGAUUGCAUUCUUUUUAAUUUUAUUGUAG